GCUUUUCUCUUUUUCUUUCUUGAUAUCCUCUCUGUUUCGGCCAUUGAGCUUUACUAUACGCCAAUCCACCAUGCAAGUUGAAGUCAACCCCAACGAAGAUACAGAAUGGAACGAUAUUCUCCGCAAACACGGAGUUAUCCCUGAGAAGCCUCAGGACCCGGAACCUCUCAUUCAAGAAGCCCUUGUUGAGGCGGAGCGCAAGGCCUACGAGAACCGACUAGAAGAUAAGGAUUUGGAUGAACUAGACGAGCUUGAAGACGAAGAGGAUGAAGAGUUCCUUGAGCAAUAUCGAAAGCAACGUUUUGCAGAGCUCUCCACGCUCCAGAAAACCAGUAUAUACAACCAAGUUUACCCACUUCAGAAAGUCGACUACGGAAGAGAAGUGACUGAGGCUUCCAAUAACGCCUUUGUCCUUGUGCAUCUGUCCUCAUCAUCGAGUGGUAAUGUCGAGUCGCAGCGCUUGACGGAGUUAUGGCGGCAAUUGGCGACUAAGUUUGGCGACAUCAAGUUCUGCGAAAUUCGCGGCAACAUGUGCAUUGAAGGGUAUCCGGAUAGAAACACACCGACAAUCUUAGUGUACAAGGACGGCGAGAUAAGAAGACAGCUCGUAACACUAAGGGAACUUAAAGGCCCUAGGACGACGAUCGAAGAUCUCGAGAGGAUGCUCCUAGACCUAGGCGCCCUCAAGGAGAGCGAUGUACGUUUGAAGAAGCGAUCUGACGACUCAGACGACGCUCGUCCAUCGAAGAUAAAACAGUCUCGGGUGGAAGAUGACGAUGACGACUGGGACUGAAAGCUACUAUUGGUACUGCAACAUUAGAUGUCAUGAUCACCCCCUCGCUCAUGAGUAAUGGUUCUCCUUAACUUGCACCAUCUCUGUGCAUCUUGUUAUCUUUUAGGCUUCCCAAUCAACCCACAUCUGGCAUGUACUGUUAUUUGUAUUGUUAAUUAGUUAUAAACAGCGAAACUGGUCCUGGAGACCUGUCGCUUGUGCAAAAUUAUACACUACACGGAAUUAGUUCCAUUGUUCA